AUGGAUUCAGACGAUGAACAAUUCCAACAAGCGGUAGAUCUAGAGUUCCAAAACCUUGUUGCGGCGGUGCAACGUGAAGCGGAAGAGGCAGAAGAGGCGGCGGAGGCGGCGGCUGAGGCGGCGGUGGCAGUUGGCCGGCCAUUCCAUCAUCGGCGAUUUUUCGAUCGUGAUCAUGUCGGGGCAGACCGCAGGUUGAUGGAGGUUUUCCGUCGGCGAUUCAGAAUGCCGAAAAAUCUCUUCGUCCAUAUAGCGACGUGUUUGGCGCAGCGGUUCAGGUGCUUCAACUUGCGAUAUGAUGCCACCGGCCGACCCGGCUUGUCGACUUUCCAGAAGUGUACGAUGGCAAUUAGACAGCUUGCCUAUGCCAGGCCCGCUGACAUGUUCGAUGAAUACCUACAGAUGGGCGAAACGACUGGACUACAGACUUGA